AUGCUGCCACCCAGCAUCCAGGUCCACGGGGGAACUGGCCAAAAUGUUGUCAAGCUCGCUGAGGGGAAGCCACGCCGCGUAUCGCGGCGCGAAGUGUCCUUAACGUACACGUUUAACGGCUUUCGCAGGAGCGACCAUUUCUUAGUGAUUUUGAUGAAUCAUGCAUUCCAUUGCAUCCUGAGCAUGCCAUGGUUGGCACGCUAUAAGCCCCAGAUCGACUGGUUAGCAAGAUCAGUGAGACGUCGAAGCAAUUUCGACGUCAGCGAAGUGUUCACCCAUCUCUUGGUGUUUCCAAGCGAUUGGUCGACCGUUACAGUCGUGGAUCGUACAUCCACGACAUCGGCGGUACACAGAGUGAGCGAUGGCCCUAUCUGUAACGCUUGUUCCGUGCCACUACGCACGAGUGACAGUAUCUCCUCCCUUUGCAGCAGGGAGUCCGUCGUGGACGAGCAGUGGCUCCCGCGCGAAGACGACGCGGUCGAACAGAGGUUCCCGCACUGGAGAGCAUUGGUUGAACACAAACAAGUGUUCCCACCUGCACCCACUAUGGUCGAGCAAAGGCUCCCAGGAGGGCAAGAUGUGGCCGAUCAGGGGCUCGCCACCGAGUGUGACGUGGAUGGACAAGACUCCCCACGUGCGAACAUGAUGGUAGAACAGAGGUUCUCAUCAUCACCCACUGUGGUCGAACAGAGGUUCCCACAUGAGCAAGACGUGGUCGAGCAGGGGCUCCCACACGAGAUUGUGGCGGUCGAGCAGGGGCUCCCGCAUCAUGCGUCGACGGACGAGUAUAGACUACUCCCGUCGCGCAGUUUUGACGUCCUGGAUGACGACAUCCAGCGUCUAGAGGAAGUGCAGUUUUAA